ACUGUAACUUAAAAAGUGAGAUCGUUUAGUUCAAAGAUCAUAUAUUAGUAAGCUAAUCUGAGUGAGCUUUGUGGCAGAAGACAUACAAAGAGAUUACAGGAGGCUAGAAAUUUUUGAUAUGGUCAAUUGGGCACUAAAUAGGACUAUCCGCCUAAAUAACAUGAGAUUCCUAGUUCUUGCAGAACUUGCACUUCCUGACAGAUAGCAACCGCCCAUUCGGUACUUUUCUGUUCUGUCCUGAGCUACACUUUUGCAUAUAUAUACUUUCGACAUUUGCUUAUGGGAUUCUGAGUGAAGCUUUUGGCAGAAAAAGAAGUUUGGUUGAUCACUUCCUUAUGGGGAAGAAAAUAUGUGUUUUAGUCCUAAGCUUGGCUCUUGUGGUUCUUAACUUAGCAAAUGCAGAAGUCCCUGCUGUUUUCAUAUUAGGUGAUUCAACAGCUGAUGCUGGAACCAAUAAUUUCUUGCCUGGAAGCAGUUUCAGGGCCGAUUUUCCUCCAUAUGGCAUUGAUUUUCCUUUCUCUAGACCAACGGGACGGUUCAGUAAUGGCUUUAACAGUGCUGAUUUUCUGGCUAAGCUAAUAGGGUUCAAAAGAAGUCCAUUACCCUUCUUCACUCUGCUGAACAACACAAAAUCCAUCAAGAGGCCAAGCUUCAGAGGAGUAAACUUUGCCUCUGCAGGCUCUGGCAUUCUUAACACCACUGGACAAGGACCCAAUGGCCAAAGGAAUGCUAUCCCACUAGGAGAGCAGAUAGAACAAUUUUCCACAAUUUACAGUCUCCUUUUAACUAAUAAGGGUCAAGCUUGUGCUGAAGCUCUUCUGUCCAAGUCUUUGUUCUUUAUCAGCAUUGGCAGCAAUGACAUUUUCGGUUAUUACUCUUCAAAAGGUGGUGUUCCGAAAGAAGAGUUCAUAGCUACUAUAGGAGCUGCAUAUGAAAACUACUUAAUGAAUCUAUAUAAACUAGGUGCAAGAAAGUUUGGCAUUAUAAGUGUUCCACCGAUCGGUUGUUGUCCAUUUCAAAGGUUUCAAAACACGACAGGAGGUUGUCUGGAGGGAUUGAAUGAUCUUGCUAGAGAUUUUCACUCAACAAUCAAAGCCAUCUUGAUCAAGCUCAGCUCAGAUUACACAGACAUGAAAUAUUCCUUUGGAAAUGCUUAUGAGAUGACUAUAAAUGUUAUUGACAACCCUAUUCCAUUCGGAUUCAAUGAUGUGAAAAAUGCAUGCUGUGGAGAUGUGAAGACCUUCUGCGGUCCAAACGCAACAGUCUGCUCAAACCGCAAGGAAUACUUGUUCUGGGACUUGUUCCAUCCUACACAGAAGGCUGCAUGGUUGGCAGCUGCAACACUAUUUACCGGCGAGCCACGAUUUGUAGCCCCCAUUAACUUCAAACAGUUGGCUGAAGCUUAA